AUGGAGUUCGACAAGAUCCUUCCAUCUGAAAUCAUCUUCGAAAAGAAACUCGUCAGAUCAAAAUACUCCUCAAUUUUCCUCAUCACCCUCCGCACCCACCUCUGCAUAAUGAAAGUACACCACGGCAGACACCCUCCACAGCCCUACGAUGCCGUCGACCGCGAAUUCGACAUCCACGUCCGGGAAUACACCGCCUACCGGCGCCUCCAGAGCAAGGGACUCUGCGGCCGCAUUGUACCUCACCUACUCGGCCGACUAUAUAAAUUCAACCCCAGUCUCUGCACCCCUCAUCUGGAUCAUUUUACCAGGGAUGAAUACCCCCCCAGCGCAAUAUUCAUCGAGUACAUCCCCGGAAUGGAAGUGAUCGGAUUGCACAACUUUUCCGAAACCCGGAUGGAUAACUUCAUCACUGGGAUUCAGGCCAUUCAUCAGGCUUUGGUGCUACAUGGGGAUACGAAGCCGAGAAAUAUGAUGGUUCUUAAAAAUGAGCCGGAAAGAAUCAUGUGGAUUGAUUUUGAUCGUGCGGAGACGUAUGAUGAGGAUAGUAUCACGGAUAGACAGAGGGGGUUUUUGGCGGAGGAGGCGGAUAUUGUUCAGGAUCUUAAGGAUUGUUUUCGGGAAGAUUGUAUUACGGGGGUGCUCAAAGAGGCUUAUUUGUUCUAUUGUUAGUUUGUUGUCGUGGGUCUAUCUGGCAUGUUAAUGUGCGAGUUGGAAGGGAUAUAACAUUUUGAAGAUUACGGGAAUUGAUGGAGUUGGGUUACAAACAAUGAUCCGCAAUAUCUCCUCCCCAAACAAAGAGUUGAAAAACAUCCAAGGAAAGAUAAGAG